UGGCAGGCGGAGAUCCUGAAUCGCGGGGAUUAAAAUUGAAAACAAGCUUUCCUCGUACUCCGACCUUUUUCUCUGUCAGGACAGCGAUUUUUGUGCAUUCAUAAGUGGCAGUUGUUAAGCAUUUUCUUGAAACUCAAAACCUCUCGCGAAGUUCUCCAGUUUCCAGGAGCUGUGAGCGGCGCAGGCCUUUUAGGAGGAGAUACUUUUUUAGGAGGAAGGUGAUGAUUUCUGAUCAGAGCUCCGUAUGCUUUAAGAAUAGUGUGCACAUUUGGUCUUUAGUUUUUUUUUUAAGGGGCACAGUCAGAAGUCUCUGCAGAGAAUACCCAGUCUUUUUGGAAACGUUACAAAGUCACCAUUUGUGCAUUGAUGUUGAUGUCUUCCCAUAAGGGUACUUUCCUGUGCAGUACCUCAUGUUUGGAAUCGUGGUCGAGCAAAACAGUUGGAUCAAUUGUCCUGUGGUGUUGGUUUUUCCUUUUUUAUCUUUUCAAAUUUAAAGAUUGAGCCCUGGGACCAUGGGAAUAAAGGUUCAGCGUCCUCGGUGUUUUUUUGAUAUUGCCAUUAACAAUCAACCUGCUGGAAGAGUUGUCUUUGAAUUAUUUUCUGAUGUGUGUCCCAAAACCUGUGAGAACUUUCGAUGUCUUUGUACAGGUGAAAAGGGCACAGGGAAGUCAACUCAGAAGCCAUUACAUUAUAAGAGUUGUCUCUUUCAUAGAGUUGUCAAGGAUUUUAUGGUUCAAGGUGGUGACUUCAGUGAGGGAAAUGGACGAGGAGGAGAAUCUAUUUAUGGAGGAUUUUUUGAAGAUGAGAGUUUCGCUGUUAAACACAACAAAGAGUUUCUCUUGUCAAUGGCCAACAGAGGGAAAGAUACAAAUGGUUCACAAUUCUUCAUAACAACGAAGCCAACUCCUCAUUUAGAUGGGCAUCAUGUUGUUUUUGGGCAAGUGAUCUCUGGUCAAGAAGUUGUGAGAGAAAUAGAAAACCAGAAAACAGAUGCAGCUAGCAAACCAUUUGCUGAGGUACGGAUACUCAGUUGUGGAGAGCUAAUUCCCAAAUCUAAAGUUAAAAAAGAAGAAAAGAAAAGGCAUAAGUCAUCAUCAUCUUCCUCCUCAUCAUCCAGUGAUUCAGAUAGCUCAAGUGAUUCUCAGUCCUCUUCGGAUUCUUCGGAUUCUGAAAGUGCUUCUGAAGAGAAAUCAAAAAAAAGAAAAAAGAAACAUCGGAAAAAUUCCCGAAAACACAAGAAAGAAAAGAAGAAGCGAAAGAAAAGCAAGAAAAGUGCAUCUAGUGAAAGUGAAGCUGAGAAUCUUGAAGUGCAGCCCCAGUCUACUGUCCGUCCAGAAGAGAUCCCUCCUAUACCAGAAAAUAGAUUCCUAAUGAGAAAAAGUCCUCCUAAAGCUGAUGACAAGGAAAGGAAAAACAGAGAGAGAGAAAGAGAGAGAGAGUGCAACCUGCCUAACUCCCAGCCUGCGUCAUACCAGAGACGACUUUUAGUUACUAGGUCUGGCAGAAAAAUUAAAGGAAGAGGACCAAGGCGUUAUCGAACUCCUUCCAGAUCCAGAUCAAGGGAUCGUUUCAGACGUAGUGAGACUCCUCCACAUUGGAGGCAAGAGAUGCAGAGAGCUCAAAGAAUGAGGGUAUCAAGUGGUGAAAGAUGGAUCAAAGGGGAUAAGAGUGAGUUGAAUGAAAUAAAAGAAAAUCAAAGAAGCCCAAUUAGAGUAAAAGAGAGAAAAGUAAUUGAUCACAGGCAUGUGUCUGAGAGUCCAAACAGAAAAAGUGAAAAGGAAAAGAAAGUUAAAGAGCAUAAAUCUAACAGCAAAGAGAGAGAGAUCAGAAAAAACUCUGAAAAAGAUGAAAAAUAUAAUAAAAACAAAGUGAAGAAAAGGGCCAAAUCUAAAAGCAGAAGUAAGAGCAAAGAGAAAUCAAAGAGUAAGGAAAGAGAUUCAAAACAUAAUAGACAUGAAGAAAAGAGGAUGAGGUCAAGGAGCAAAGAAAGAGAUCAUGAGAAUGUUAAAGAAAAAGAAAAGCCAUUGGAUUCUAAAGGAAAAGAUCAGGAAAGGAGUAGAAGUAAAGAGAAGUCUAAACAAUUAGAAUCGAAAAGUAAUGAGCAUGAUCAUAAUAAAAGUAAGGAAAAGGAUAGACGUGCACAAUCUAAGAGUAGAGAACGAGAUGUAACUAAAAGUAAACACAGCUACAAUAGUAGAACAAGGGAGCGGAGCAGAAGUAGGGACAGGAGCAGAAGAGUGAGGUCUAGAAGCCAUGACAGAGAUCGCAGCAGAAGCAAGGAGCACCACAGAUACAGAGAACUGGAGUACAGGAGAAGAGGCAGAUCCCGUAGCAGAGAGAGACGAGCAACACCAGGAAGAUCCAGAAGUAAAGACAGGAGGAGGAGAAGGAGAGAUUCCCGGAGUUCAGAGAGAGAAGAAAGUCAAAACCGAAACAAAGAAAAAUACAGAAACCAAGAAAGUAAGAGUUCACAUAGAAAAGAAAAUUCUGAGAGUGAGAAAAGAAUGUACUCUAAAAGUCGUGAUCAUAAUAGUUCGAAUAACAGGGAAAAGAAAUCUGAUAGAGAUCAAAGUCCAUUCUCGAAAAUGAAACAAAGCAGUCAGGACAAUGAAUUAAAGUCUUCCUCGCUGAAAAAUAAGGAAGAUGAGAAGACGAGAUCCUCAGUUGAAAAAGAAUACCAAAAAUCAAAGGGUCAAGAAAAUGACCAUGUACAUGAUAAAAACAAAAAAUUUGAUCAUGAAUCAAGCCCUGGAACAGAUGAAGACAAAAGUGGAUGAGUGAGUCCUGUAUAAUUACUUCAUUUUUGUCUCAAAUUUUAAGUUUUACAGACUUGCUGAUGAAUCUCCUUUAUGUUGUUUUCAUUGUUUUUGGGUUGUUUUAUGUUUGUCUUUUUUUUUUUUUUAUGUGGACUUCAUUGAGUUGAUCUUUUGAUAAUCUGCACCUGGAUAAUUUGUACUGCUAAAGUUUUAAUAAACUUGAAAUGAGAAAAACACUUUGGUGUAACACUGUGUGCUGUGUUAAACUAUUUUAUGUAUGCAUUUUUGUGUUGCAGCAGUCAACCAGUAGCAUCCAAUUUCUUUAAUCAUCCGCUUGGAAAUAAGCUUAAUGAUUGUUGGAAUACAUUGUUUAAAAAAAGUUCUUGUUUUUCAUGAUUAAAGUAACUUUAGAAACUAAUAGAAAUCUAGUAUGGAUUUUUCUGAUUACAUUUGUGAUGGAGGCUUGCAGCAAUUUUUUUGAAUUAUACAGAAGCAGGAUUUUGUCAGCUUGAGAUCUUGGGCAGUUUUUUUGAUUCUACAGUAAUUUGUGCUUUAAAAUAGAUAAAUAUUUAGUUAUUUAUAAAGUGCUUUAUACCUUAUUCUUUACGGUUCCAGCUGUAGCCAUUUUGUUUGAAUACUUUUCUUGUUUGGUUUUGUUUUACUUAACUGCCUUUUAAAAUCCUAAAUAUUUUUUCAGUUGAUGUGCUGAUCAAGCCUAUGUUCCUAUUGUAUAGCAUUGGACGGGAAUUAUUCUUUGGAAGGUUGGAUUGUAAUUCUUAAUUCUAUGUUGUUUUUGGUAUGAAGAGUUGAAAUUGUUGCUUUUUGAGAACAUUGUUUUA